AUGGAUACUGAAACUGCUCAGUUUAAAAAGAAGGCUUGGAAGGCUAGAAAGACAAUUCAUGUUUUUGCUGAAGAACACCAUCCCUCAGAUUCUGAUACUACUAAUGAUGCUGAUAAGCUUAAAGCUUUAUCAAAAAGGAAACAAUCAACUUCUGUUGUUGUUCCUAUGGAAACCACCAAUACUGAUAACAUCAAAAUAUUCAAGGACUACUCUGACAACUAUGCUGAACCUUUGGACUCAAGGACUAAUGAUGAUUCUGGAUCACCAACUUCAGCUUCUGAGAACUUCUGGCAUGUCAAUCCUGGAGGGGAUAGUGGUACUGCUGGAGUGAUAGUAUUGAUAUGGAAGCACAAUCUUGAUGUUGAAAUUAUGGAUUUAUCCAUUAACCAUAUCAAUGCUGCAAUCAAGCAUACCAGGGGGCCUUCUUGGCUCUUUACUGGUUACUAUGGCAGUCCUUAUGACACGGAUAGUAAACUUAGCUCUUGGAAAGUUUUGGAAAAUUCAGCUCUCAAUCACUCCCUUCCUUGGUUGGUUAUUGGAGAUUUCAAUUUCAUCUUACAUGAUAAUGAAAAGUACAGUACCCAACCUUUGGACAAUAUUGAAGCUAAUAUCUUUAGCAACAAAAUUGUGGAUUUGGAUCUAAAUGAUUUGGGCAGUGUUGGAUUUCCUUUCACUUGGUCUAAUAAGAGAAGUGGUCAUGCUCUUACUGAACAUAGACUGGAUAGAGGAUUAGCCAAUGAACCUUGGCUGCUUCUCCAUCCAAACUCUACUGUAACAAAUAUUCUAGCCAUUUUCUCUGAUCACCACCCCAUUCUUCUAAACACCAACCCCAAUUGGCGUACUGGUAAAAUACCUUUCAAGUUCUUUGGUCCUUGGUUGGAUCAUAAGGACUGCAAAGACAUUGUCACUGAAUGCUGGCAGAGGAAUCUAUCUGGUUCUAGUGCUUUUAUCAUUGCUAGAAAGCUCAAAGACAUUAAAUUGAAACUCAAAGUUUGGAACAAAGAGGUGUAUGGCAACAUUAAGACAAACAUAGAGGAAAGUAAGCAACAUCUAAAUUGGUUACAAGAACACUACUUCAAACAGGACAGAAGCGAAGCUUUAAAAACUGCUACUCAAGUGCUUAGAGAAUGGAAAGACAUUGAGGAAAAAUUCUGGAAGAUUAAAAGAAGGGAUCAAUUCAUCAAGUUGGGAGAUAAGAACACAAUCUAUUUUCACAGAAACACAAAAUGCAGAAUAAGAAGAAACACGAUAGAUUCUAUUCAAGAUAGUGCUGGAAACUGGAUUGAAGACUACCAUGAAAUAAAACACUGCUUCACUAAACACUUCUCUAAGAUGGCUAUUACUGAAUCACCUGAAAUGAACCUUGAAAUCAUCAAUCUCAUCCCCACCACUAUAACCAUUGCUGAUAACAACAAUCUCAACAGAAUUCCUGAAGAUCAUGAGUAUGCUUUCAUUCCUGGAAGGCAAAUUGAUGAUAACAUAGCCAUUGCCCAUGAAACCAUUCACUACAUGAGAACCAGAAGAGGUCAAAAAGGCAAUAAAGGAAGUAUAGGAAUUAAGAUUGACAUGGCAAAAUCUUUUGAUAGAGUGGACUGGAAAUUUCUUAUUACUAUUAUGGGAAAAAUUGGCUUCAACUCUGACUGGUGCAACAAGAUUAUGCAUUGGAUUUCAACCACCUCCAUUGCUGUGUUAAUAAAUGGUUAUCCUGAUAAAUUCUUCAAUCCCUCUAGAGGGAUGAUACAAUGGGAUCCCCUAUCUCCCUACCUAUUUCUAUUCUGCAUGGAAGCUUUGUCUAGAACCUUAUCUCAUGUUGAAGACUUGGGUAUCAUUUCUGGAGUUCAAAUUUGCAAGAAUGCUCCUUCUAUAAACCAUCUUCUAUUUGUUUAUGAUUGUAUGGUUUUCUGCAAAGCUAAUCUCUCUGAAGCCCAAAAUCUUAAGGAUAUUCUAAACCUCUUUGGAAAUACUUCUGGUCAACUUAUAAAUUCCAGCAAAUCUAGUGUUUUCUUCAGCAAGAAUACUGAUCCUGCUCUUAUGCCUAACAUCUGCAAUCUUCUAGGAGUUCAAGCUCUUCCUAUAAAUGACAAGUAUUUAGGCUCUCCUCUCUUUACUCAUAAAAGAAAAAUUCAAUCUUUCAAGCCAGGUGUGGAAAAGAUGAAGAUAAAUCUGUCAAGUUGGAAGAACUCCCCCUUAAACCCAGCUGGAAGAGAGGUUGUCAUCAAAUCUGUUACUUCCACAGCCAGCAUCUACCAAAUGAAUUGCUUCAGAAUUCCAAAGCAAAUUUGA